GACUCUCGCAGAGCGUCAAAAAAACCUGGGCUAAUAUUUGUGCAGGUUCAACCACGUAAAAAGCGAGCUCAGAUCUCGUCUUUUGUUCUCAAAGUUCACCUUUCUUUUCUAUCUUCCUAGGAAGUCUCGUCGUGGCUGGAAAUGCUGGUGUCAUUGCAGUGCGAAACACAGUUCAUCUCACUAGGUUCACACGCAGUUGGCUCCGAUGUUGUCAGCGAACAUAUCGAUACUCUAAGUGUCAAUAAUGUCUGUCCAUGGAUGGGGCGCAAUGCUAAGAACUUUGAGCAAUGUGGAGCAGACGAUAUGCUGCUGCAGCUCCUUGAAAUGUGCACAGAUCUUUCCCAAUUCCUUCCUUCUAGCCAGAAGUCGACGCUAUUCGACACUUCUCUUGAGGCUGUCAUGCACCUUUGCAAUGGACCAGGUGUAGCGCAGAAGAUCAAGCAACACCUGAUUGAAUUUUGUAAUGUCGAGGGCGCGUCUGACUCUGGUUUCUUUCAAGCUGCCAAUACUGCACUUGUUGAGCUGAGGAAGGUGAACGUACCUGGAAUACCUGCUUUCAAAGACGACGAGGAAACCAACAUCUUGUUCCGUGAGAAUGAUUCUGCGCGCAUAUCCCAAAUACAUCAGGGCAAGAAGUCCACAAACAAGCCUGACAUCAUCGUCGUUUCGUACAAGAGCGCGAUGAAUAUAACACCGGAGGGAAGAUCCAAAAGUCGUGUUUGCCAGUCUGCGUGCAAGCAGCCCACCGGGGACCAAGACAACUUACAAUGGAUAGAGGUGCGAACGACAUUCGAGUUUAAACGCCCAAAGACACGUUUACCCCAUCCGCCAUCUGCUUACAAUAAGCACUACGUAGUUCUUACUCUCCUGUGCACAGAAUAUAUCAAGGAAACCGACACAUCUGCUCAACCAACAAACUCGACGCCUGCUACUGAUCUUGCUCAGACCUCCUACAAGACAUCGAGUGAGUUACAAAAUAUAUACGAGCGACUCAGAAGCGACAAACGCGGCCCUGGUCAUUUAUGCCCCAAUGAGCCGCCCCCCAGCAAACGACCCAAGCAGGACGAAGAGACGCGAUCUAAGCAGGAGACGAAGAAGAAGAAACUUCAUCCUGUCGCCCAGAAUGGUUUGUAUGUUGCGGAGAUGUUCGCGGCCCAUAUCACACGUCAGUAUGUCAUUUCCUUUAUCGUAAACAACGACAUCAUUUAUCUCUGGUGGUUUGAUCGUCAGCACACAAUUCAAUGUGCUGGCAUCAACUUCGUUCAGGACCUUCCCCGCUUUGUUGUCUUACUCUUCAUCAUGCAGCGCAUGGGAUACAAGCAGUGGGACCUUCACCCAUUGUUCAAACCUGAACAUGGAUACAAGGGCGAGAUUAUUGUCGAGCAUGAGGAAGACAACGACAAUGAAGGCAAGGACAUAGACACGCAGGGCCAGGAUAAGAAGAUGUUCAUGAAGAAGCCCGUCGACCUUGCAUUAGAUUUCAGCUCUGACGAGCACACGACUAAUUUCGGUCUUCUCGGACAUGCAGCCACUGUUCUUCCGGUGAAGAGCAAGGCGCUAUCGGCUCUCCCGCGGCAAUUCCAUUUUAUAAACCAAUCCACCGAGCUUGUCGUCAAGCUCUUUUGGCCAGAAGAGGCGUGCCAGAGCAAGCCCGAGAUUCUCGAACAGGUCUCUAAGAUUGCGAAUGAAGAUCCGGAUGUGUUGGGCCACGUUCCAAGAAUGGUCUGGUUUCACAAGUUUGAAGGAGCAUCUACGGCGAUAGUUAGAAAGGCACUAGAGAUUAAUCAGACGGGCAGCCGAGUCAUACAGAUCAUCGUGUUCAGAGAGCUCAUCUCAAUCACGACGCUGAGCGGGCCUGAGUUCCUCCUCGCAUGGUGGGAUAUUGUCAAAUGCCAUCGUGCCCUUUGGAAGAGGGGCGUGCAUCAUCGCGAUGUCAGCCCCAACAGUCUCACGGGAUACCGCUUAGUAGACGGUCGAUUUAUGGGCGUCCUCAACGAUUUCGACUUGUCAUCGACUAAAAUUUUUAUGCCAUCGAUUCAAGAUGCUCUCGAAGGCUUCGAGUCCACAGGAACGAUACCCUUCAUGUCGUUACACCUUCUCCUGCCGAAAGCCAUUGCAGGCCAGGUCGAACACAAGUACCAUCAUUAUGCUGAAUCCUUCAUCUGGGUUCUUACCUGGGUCUGUUUUCGGUAUGAAGAGGGCAAGCUACUUAGGAAGAACAGACCACUCGAUGAAUGGCUGACACCGAAUCCCAAGAAUGUUUUCGGCGAAAAUAUGAGCUUUUUUGGAAGGCUGCGCAGCAUGCAUCCAACGCCAUCGCACCAAAUGAACUUCAAUGUUGCAAUGCAGUGCUUAGCGGUCGUUCACGAAUACCUAUGGCCAUUCACAUCUGUUCCAGUGGAUGAUGAAAAGGUAUUCCUGAUAUGGCUUCAGAAUCAUAUGCCUGAGGAUGUGCUUAAUGGAGAUAUCUUGUCUGACAUGUAGGGUAGGUAUACUUAUAGGUGGAGCAGCAUGCCUUCAAAAUGUGUUGUUAUAUGCUAGAAUGAACAUCACGCUCGACGUCCUUGCUUGUAUCUGCGUGUUCAGUGCUUCAGUAGUAAUGAGUGCUAAACUCGCUGACUCCAUUCUCCGGUCUCAAAACAAUCCAUAAGCCCCUUCAUAAACGAGGCCCAACCCAUCAAGCGUUCGCAGGUCGAAGGGUUCGAUGACGGUAUUGGAUGGGAUUCAUGGCUGCGGACGAGAACAAUAUGCUGAUGGCUGUGUGACCAUUAUAAUUACCGUAUUGGACAUGAUCUAAUGUAAACAUAGUAAUUUGUGGGGGUUGGUCUCAUUUGGCUGAUGUCCUGACUAUUGCGAGAGAGUUGCCAACAGACCCUGGUUCCUUGGGAUGAACCUGCACUUGAACGGUUUAGGGCCCCUUUAGGUGUGUAAGAAUGUGUUU